GUUCAACGCAAGGAGCCCCUGCCGUAUCUUUUAUCGCGUGUUUUUCCGUGCGGCAAGCCGUAUCAUUGCAUCAGACUGAUUGCACGUGCAGUUUUCAGUAAUUUUUGUUUCUUAUUUUUCGAAUAAAUCGGUGAAAAAUGUUGUACGUCGCUCGAGUUGUUGGUCGUAAGACCCUUCAUUGCUGUCUUUUUAACCCAAGUUACACCACAAGUGAAAAUUUUAGCAUUUAUCUAAGCAAGACCCCUGUGAUCUUCAAUUCGCGCAUCUAUGAAUUCCAGCGGAGGUUCAAAUCAGAGCAGGUCAAGGGGACCGUCAUCGGUAUCGAUUUGGGAACAACCAAUUCUUGUGUGGCUGUUAUGGAAGGCAAAACGCCAAAAGUUAUUGAAAAUUCUGAAGGCUCAAGAACAACACCCUCUGUCGUAGCAUUCUCCAAAGAUGGCGAAAGGAUUGUCGGUAUGCCAGCCAAACGUCAAGCAGUCACUAAUUCAGCCAAUACUUUCUAUGCAACUAAAAGAUUAAUAGGUCGCCGUUUCGACGAUGCUGAAGUGAAGAAAGACAUGAAAACUUUGUCCUACAAAAUUGUCAAAGCAUCAAAUGGAGAUGCCUGGGUGCAAGCUACUGAUGGGAAAAUGUAUUCGCCGAGUCAAAUCGGAGCCUUUGUUUUAGUAAAAAUGAAAGAAACAGCAGAAAGUUACCUUGGAACUCCAGUGAAGAAUGCAGUCAUCACAGUUCCUGCCUACUUCAAUGACUCUCAAAGACAGGCAACCAAAGAUGCUGGUCAAAUUGCAGGGUUGAACGUUUUGCGAGUAAUCAAUGAGCCAACAGCUGCUGCUUUGGCUUAUGGCAUGGACAAGACCGAUGAUAAAAUCAUUGCCGUCUACGAUCUGGGUGGUGGAACUUUUGAUAUUUCAAUCCUAGAAAUUCAGAAAGGAGUUUUUGAAGUUAAAUCAACCAAUGGUGACACAUUCCUUGGUGGAGAGGAUUUCGACAAUGUUUUAGUGAAUCAUCUCGUCACUGAAUUCAAGAAAGAGCAAGGAAUAGAUGUCACAAAAGAUGCAAUGGCAAUGCAGAGGUUGAAAGAAGCUGCAGAGAAAGCUAAAAUCGAACUCUCAUCCUCCUUGCAAACAGACAUUAACUUACCCUACCUCACGAUGGAUGCUAGUGGACCUAAACACAUGAAUCUUAAGCUAACGAGGUCAAAGUUUGAAAGUCUAGUUGCAGACUUAAUCAAAAGGACAGUUGCACCAUGUCAAAAGGCUAUUCAAGAUGCUGAAGUUGGCAAGUCAGAUAUCAGUGAAGUUCUUCUAGUUGGUGGUAUGACAAGGAUGCCAAAGGUCCAACAAACAGUACAGGAAAUCUUUGGUCGCCAGCCAAGCCGAGCAGUAAACCCCGAUGAAGCAGUAGCGGUGGGAGCCUCAGUUCAGGGAGGUGUUCUUGCCGGUGAUGUGACAGACGUCUUAUUGCUUGAUGUCACUCCUCUCUCUCUAGGUAUCGAAACUCUUGGUGGUGUCUUCACAAGGCUUAUCUCCCGUAACACAACUAUCCCAACCAAGAAGAGUCAAGUUUUCUCCACUGCAGCUGAUGGACAAACUCAAGUAGAGAUUAAAGUUUACCAAGGUGAACGUGAAAUGGCCUCCAACAACAAGCUCCUUGGACAGUUCACCCUUGUCGGCAUCCCACCAGCGCCGCGUGGAGUUCCUCAGAUUGAAGUAACUUUUGAUAUUGAUGCCAAUGGAAUUGUGCACGUUUCAGCCAGAGACAAGGGAACCGGAAAGGAACAGCAAAUUGUCAUCCGGUCAUCUGGUGGUCUGAGCAAAGAUGAAAUUGAAAACAUGGUUAAGAGUGCUGAAGAAUACGCCCAAAGUGACAAGAUCAAAAAGGAACGAGUUGAAGCUAUAAACCAAGCAGAAGGAAUAAUCCACGACACUGAAUCCAAAAUGACUGAAUUCAAGGAUCAACUACCAUCUGAAGAGUGCGACAAGCUGAGGGAACAAAUGAGCAAAGUUCGGGAUAUCUUGACAAAAGGAGAAGAAGCAGACCCUGAAGAAAUUCGCACAGCAACCAAUGAACUGCAGCAAGCUUCAUUGAAACUAUUCGAGAUGGCAUACAAAAAGAUGGCAGCCGACCGAGAUGGUAGCAGCAGCUCCAGCAGUAGCGAAGAACAAUCCAGUGAAGAGAAAGGUGAAGAGAAAGAAAAGAAAGAAAACAAGCAGUGAGGUACUAAAACUACAAACAAUUAGUUUCAAGUGUAAUCCUGCCUCUGGACUGAAGAAAGUGCAUUUCAAAACAUCAUGUUGAAUUAGGAUGACGUUCAGCAUCUGUUCCUAAGUGAUUUUUCUCAUCAGCAUCAUCUAUGAGAGUCUUCUGCUCCAUGAAAGAAAUGUUUAUUUGAUUUUUUUGUUCCUUAAGUAAGCCACCGCUUGAUAAAGGUGUCUAAUCUCUUCUUGUUAGUUUUUGCUCUUCUAUUUUUCCCUGUGGAGAGUGUAUUUUAGUGACUAAGGGGCCUAACUUGAGUGAAAACGAAAGCAAUGGAGACCAUAAUCAGAAUUAUGAAAUAAAUUUCUGAUUCUAUACGACAGCACACUUGAGAUAGUCAGAACAUCAGAUUUUGAUGGCUCCUUUUCUUUCGUUUUCUCUUACCAUGAUCUUACACUUUCUCAAACUCAGUCUUUUUUGUUCAGAAUUCUGUGAAAUUUUCUCAACAGGUAUUAUGGCAUUCACAACUCGAUAUAUGUACAUUUUUAAAUCCAUUAAAAGAAGCAUUUAAGAGAUCCCAAUAGACGGUGUCCCAAAAACAAGUGCAUUAUUUUCAGAUCGUCUGAGGUUAUGAUUUCAUCUGUGCUGUACUAUUUGUUUCUGGAACGUGUAAAUAUUUGUGUACCUUAUGCCCCUUUCUGUUGAAUCGAAUGUCUGUGCGUGAAUGUGAAUGGAAUUUUUUUUUCUUUUGUACGACUGUCACCAUGAAUUUAUUUUUGCUUAGGUCUUUCGUGCUAGGCUUGAAUGGAAUCCCUUAGUUUUUAAAUUAGUGAGAAAUUAGACUCCCCCUUCACACCUUUCCAAGCAAGCAUACAUAUUCGCAUAUGUAUAUAGAAUUGUUAUUCCUAGUAUCUCAAGCGCUCCUAUAAAUAUGCCAUCACUAUAUUUAUAGCAUUUUUUUAAUGUUGAAGGAAAAUGACCUUGUUUUCAAAUUGAUAUUGUAAAGUUUUAAUAAAAUCAGUUUUUUUUUA